AUGGAAAACUUUCCUUUGGUAUCCACGUAUGGAUUACUAGAUGAGCAAGUUUAUCCCGAAUGCCGACUGACGGAGAUGGGGAAGGAAUACAUUGGAACCCUGGACUUCACGGAGUCUGGAAAACCCUGCCUCAGAUGGGAUUCCCCUGAUGUGAAAAUGUUCUACUCUACAAUUGCGAAGGGGUUCGAUAGAUACAUGUUUUUCGAAGAACAUUUCCUGAACCAGGACCCGUCCUCCCACAAGAAUUUCUGCCGGAACCCGACGUUGAACAAUAUGCCCUGGUGUUUCGUCGAGAAUGACGGCUUGAAGUGGGAAUAUUGCUCGAUUCCCUUUUGUGAUGUUCUGAAAAUGAAAAGGCUGCGUUUCUACAAAGAGCGAUGCCGACUUUUUUCAGCUGCACCAGAAUGCAAGAGGACUCAAAAGGGAGCUGAAUACGUGGGGGCACAAAACAAAGGGAUAUCUGGCUCUACUUGCCUUGCGUGGGUUAGUUAUGAGGGGGGGAUUCCGGAGGAAAUGUUUGCAAUGAGGAGGCAGGCAUUCCCCGAUGCCCUCACGGAUGAGCACAACUAUUGCCGGAACCCGACCGGGAAGCCGGGCGGUCCCUGGUGCAAAGUUCCAGAUCCCACAGGCUCUGGGAAUGAUUGGGAAUAUUGCGAUGUGCGUCUCUGUGCCGGGGCAAAUGCGAAGAGGACAUGCGAGACGGAGGGCCGAUGCGCGUCGAGUGGAGUAGAGGUUUCGCGCAUCUAUCCGGAAUGCAGAAUGACGCCAAUGGGGAAGGAAUACAGAGGAACCCACAGUCAAACAGAAAACGGAAUAGAAUGCCUAUCCUGGAGUAUGACUAUGUCAUGGUUUGGUAUCAACAUUGAUGACCUGCAGGAUUUCCUCUACUCUUAUCACCCUUACCACGAGCGCAACGAAGUACCACAGGACCUUCAAAAGGCAAUGCGCAAAGUCAUUGAAAACCAGGAAGGAAACUACUGCCGGAAUCCUGCGAGGGCCGAGCGGCCAUGGUGCUUCGCUUCUGUCACGCCUUUGCGCUGGGAAUAUUGCGACAUUCCCUUCUGCCACCCUCCAAAAGAGCCCCUGGAAUGUAGAUUGACCAAAGAGGGACUGGAUUAUGCUGGAUUCAAGAACGUUGACUCAGACGGUCGGAAGUGUCUACCCUGGUUGAGUCGGCCACACGACAAGCGAUUUGCAUUCAUGGACUUCAUGACAUUCCCUGAUGAAAACAUGGAUAGCAGUCACGACUUCUGUCGGAAUCCUGACGCAGACAGCGGCGGUCCAUGGUGCUUCAUUGAGGAGGGAACUAGCGAAAGAUGGGGGCAGUGCACGGUCCCUUUCUGCUCUCAAUUGAAUGAGCGGGUCGCCGUCGAGGGUGAACCGGCGGAAGGAUAUCCGGAGUGCUUGCAGACUUCAAUGGGGAAGGAAUACGUUGGCACGACGAGGAAAACGAAGACCGGAAAGCCCUGUCUCCGGUGGGAUUCCCAGCCCUAUGGAAAGCCUGAGGACUUUCGCCCGAAUGUACCUUAUGAGGCACAUUUCCGAUUCGGCAAUUCCACGUUGCAUCAGGAUUUCUGCAGAAACCCGACGUUCAGGCACCAACCUUGGUGUUUUGUUGAAGAUGGAGUCAUCGAGUGGGAAUUCUGCCGAAUCCCUUUUUGCCCUGACUACCCCAACAAGACGGAAUGCCGAUGGACGAAGGAGGGAGAGGAAUACGCAGGGACUCGAAAUAAAUCACUUUCGGGGGAAUUGUGUAUGACAUGGCAAGAAUCCGCGUUGCUGGAGAGACUUUGGCACAGAUUCCCAGAGGACAUGAGAAGCGAGAAUCACAACUUCUGUCGCAAUCCGGAUGGGCGUGAGACCGGGCCCUACUGCUUUGUCCAGAAAAUUCUGAACCCCCAAAUUGAUGCUUGUGACAUCCCUUUCUGCCCUUUCCACUACCUCUACUAAUGUUGCUAC